UCUGGGCGAGGGCGGCGGGAGCGCGGCGGCAUCAUGUCGGGCUCCGAGUCGGAGUACGCGUCGGCCGAGGACGAGGAUUACGUGCCCUCAGGUGCGGAGUACAGCGAGGACGACGUGAGCGAGCUGGUGCGGGAGGAGGCGGCGGACGGCCCGCGGCCGGGCCGCGGCAGGAGGAGCCCCCGCCGCCCCGCCAGCAGAAAGAGGAAGAAAGGAGGUCUCCUGCUAGAACCAGAUGAGAAAGAGGAAGAAAAGGCUCAGCAGAGUGAGGAGGAGGAAGAGGAUAACGUAGAGCAGGUGGAAAGAAGCAGAGAAGAGGAAGAAAAAAAGAAAGAGGAUGCUCUUUGGGCCAGUUUCCUUAGUGAUGUGGGACAGAAGCCCAAAGCAGCAGCUGCCACACAAGCGACACAAGCUAAGAAGGCUGAAGAAGAGAAGAGUGGGAAGAAGCUUCAGGAGAAACCGAAAGAGUCUGAGAAGCCAAAAGGUUCAGGCAAAGUGACAAUCACCAAAGUGUUUGACUUUGCUGGUGAGGAAGUCAGAGUGACUAAGGAAGUGGACUCAACCUCAAAAGAAGCUAAAUCUUUUCUGAAGCAGCAAGAGAAAUGGCAGGCAGCAGCUCCAGCUUCCCUCCCGACAGGCUCUGGGGUGAAGAGGCCAAGCGGUAUAAGCGGCCUCCUGGGGAAGAUUGGCUCCAAAAAGCAGAAGAUGAGCACACUGGAGAAAUCUAAACUGGACUGGGAGAACUUCAAGGAGGAGGAGGGGAUUGUGGAGGAGCUGGCAAUCCAUAACAGAGGGAAAGAUGGUGACACAUUCCAGCUGUGUCUAUCCUCCCUCCUCCUGCAUAAAGAUGUGUGCAAGCCCAGAGCAGCUGGCAAGGUACAUCGAGAGGAAAGCAUUCCUGGAACGUGUGGAUCACAGGCAGUUUGAAAUCGAGCGUGACAUCAGACUGAGCAGGAUGAAGCCCUGACGUGCCGGGGGUGGCCGCGGGGAUCCCGCUCCCUGGCUGGGAGCUGCCGCCGCCGCCGGACCACCCAGCACAGAAACCAUUCUGCACCCAAGACUCAGCCUGUGUGUCUCAACCUACAGGUUUUUCCUUUUACUGUAAUAGUUUGGGGAGGGUAUUUGUCAGUGGGCAGGGGGCACUUUGAGGGUUAACCGGUGACAGAAGCGACCUGCAUGAUUCUGGCAGGCAGCUUUCCAAGGAGAAGAGAUGGUGGCACCCAUCCUCUGCCAGCCCUGGCUGGUUCUGGCAGCAGGAGUAGCUGCUGAGGCUGGGAGGGUACUGGAGCCUGGGUUAAGGCUCAGCAGGCGGAUUGGGUUGCGAGAGCAGAGCUGUGGGAAGGUUUGGUGGCUGCUGUGGGUGCGCAGGCUGAGGGCUGGAGCCCUUCUCCCCACUCUGCCAGCUCUGCAGCACUCCCUGUCCCUCCGAACCGUGCUCUUGCCUGGACAAAGCUGAACUGUCUGUACUUGUUUGUGGGGUCUGAUGAUGCUGGGGGGGAUGUUAAGCAAGGCGAUGAAGAAAUCCUUCCUUGUUCAUGCUGUCAGGAAGAUGGGAGCAGCUGCAGCAGGCAGGAUGAGCCAGGAUCUGAGCAUUCAUGUGAAUAAAGUGUUCCAUCCCAACA